AUGGCAGCAUCGAAGAAGCACUUGUUGGCGAAUGGGAGGCCGGACUCCUCAUCAUUCCCCCAUGUGCUUAGUGGAUCAUCGGCAGCUGCAGCAGUUGGGUUUGGAGGGGGUUGGGGAGGGGACAGGUGGGGCAUUGGCAGGCCAAUCUGGUCGGUCGAAGGAAAACGGGAAAGGGGCCUCGAGCACCGCCCUUUUGAUAUAGAAGCGCGACAACGCUUUCCGCUAGAUCCGUUUCUGCGUCCACCCCGAGCCUUGCCUUUCCUCCUGUCUUCCUCCUCACUCUCUGACUCUGAUUCCGCAUCCUCACUUUCGUCCUCCUCAUCGUCUUACUUCUCCUCGCUCCCAGAGGAGCUCCCCGACUCCUCCUCAGAGCUUUCAUCGAACAUUCUCUGCACCAUCCUGUCGAGCACCUGCUGCAGUAGGAGGGGAUGCGUCACGCUUCACUUCAAGCUCGCCCUCAUGAUCACCCUCACCCUCGCCAACCCUGCCGCAACGCUCGCCGUCACGCUUGAUGUAACGCUCGCCGUCACGAUCGCCGUCACGCUUGCUGUAACGCUCGCCGUCACGAUCGCCGUCACGCUUGCUGUAACGCUUGCCGUCACGAUUGCCGUCACGCUUGCUGUAACGCUCGCCGUCACGAUCGCCGUCACGCUUGCUGUAAUGCUCUCCGUCACGAUCGCCGUCACACUCGCUGUCACGAUCGCCGUCACGCUCGCCGCCCCGCUCGCCGUCACGCUCAUGCCCUUUCACUUGCAAGUGAUCCUCGUCGUCUACAGCUUCAUGCUGUCGUGUUGCCCCGAUCGUCUGUUGUUUCCCUCUUUUCCCUUUCUUGGCACCGCGUUUAGCUACAACACAUAA